GCACUUUCAGACCAUGUUGAAAACGAAACUGAAUGUUCUGACACUCCGGAAAGAGACCUUACCAACCGUCAUCUUUCAUGAACCAGAAGCUAUUGAACUGUCCCCAACGGCUCCUCCAAAGAAUGGUCCGUUUUAUACAGAGCGCAAGGUCAGGUACUUAGGAAAAGUGAUCAUGAGGGGAACACAAUUCACAUCUGGUUGCACGGAAAGAUCUGUGAUCGAGUUGUGGGAGAAGCAGACACUGGAUCAGGAAGAUAUCUCGUCGGCCAACGCCAUUCUAGAAAUACGACCUUUCCAGGUCCGUCUCCACCACUUGGAUGGGAAGAGAGAGGUAACGGUCCAAACGGAUACCUUCCAGGUGGCGCGGAUCGCGUACUGUACGGCGGAUCACCAUGUCAGCGCCAACAUCUUCGCGUGGCUUUAUCGGGAGAUCAACGAUGAUUUGUCCUACCAGAUCGAUUGCCACGCGGUGGAAUGCGGGAGCAAGCUCGAAGCCAAAAAACUAGCGCACACCAUGAUGGAGGCCUUCAAGAAGACAUUCAGCAGCAUGAAGAGCGAUGGGCAGAUCCACAACAGCAACUCCUCUGAGGAAGUGAAGUCAGCAACAUCAGACGAUGGCUGAGAGGGGCGUUGACGAAAUCAGAAACAUCAUUGACGGCUAUUGAUGACAACCAUUGGAGAGAAAUGAACGAAGGAAGCUAAUUGAGGGUGGAACACCAAUGAAUCCUGAGCUGGUUCGCUUGCCAAAAUUAGCCAAGCGACACAUUAAAUUGAGAAGAUUUUUUUUUUACAAAAAAAGAAUAUGCAUUAUCAAAAUAGUUGCAUUGCAAUCUAAAAUAAUUAUGCUGUGACUGGGAGAGUAAAAGCAGCCUGACUCCCUAACAGAGAUAAACACAUCCUUUGAUGGCAGCUCUUUAUAAAUCACCUGAUAAAAUUCAUGGGAGUAAUGAAAUAGUAAACUCCCAAGCCACAACCAAGAUUUAAACUGAUGUUUAACUUUCGAGGGAACACAGUCCAAACCGUCCGCGAAAAGGGAAUGGAAAACUUGCAUUUAGAUCGAAAACCAAGCCAGCAAAAUUUAUACAUCCAAAUAAUUAAAAAGAAACGCAUGGAUCUAUCUUCAUAUAUUUCUACCAACAUAUAAGCUACAAUAUAUGUAAAGAUAUAUUCCAUUUUUAUAAAAUGUAUUUCAAAAUGUAAGUAUUAAAAUGUAAUGUUUUUGUUGGUACAGGCUCAAUGGGCCAAAGGGCCUACUCAGUGCUGUCUGAUUCUAUAAAUCUUUAAAAAUUGGUGUGUAUUAUCAACUGUGACAAACAUAUGGAAGUAUUUGAUUGUAAAUGAGGAGGUUCGCCAUGUGAAGCUGAAAGAAAAACAGUGGAAUAAACGUGGUGAUGAAAAUCUUUAGCCAGCUCAAACAAGAAAUUGUGUUUACAAGCAUUCCAAAAUUGUAUUGUUAGUAUUACACAGUUUUAAGGAAAACACAGACUGUUUCCAUUUUUUUCACUUCAGCUGCCUUGUUACACUUCCUUUUGUCAUUGCUCACCAGAGGCCACUGUGUUUCAGUUUAGUUCAGCAUGAAGGGUUAUAUAGAUCUGACAUUGUUUAUAUUACAUGCAGAACUGAAGGAUUGCGGUUCUCAAGCCCCUGGACUUCUGUAGUUUUAGACAGUUUACCUACAUACUCACCAUCACACUUUUUCAUUUCCAACAAAACCCCUUAAAGAGGAUCAUAUCUCAGGAAAACCAGAUGCUGUAAAACAGAAACAAAAACAACAAUUGCUGGAAAAGCUCAGCGGGUCUGGCAACAUCUGCGGAGAGAAAUUGGAGUUAACAUUGCAGGUUGAGUGACUGUUCCUUGGGGAGUUCUGAGGAAGGGUCACCAGACCCGAAAUGUUAACUCUGAUUUUCUCUUCACAGAUGCUGCCAGACCUGCUGAGCUUUUCCAGCAACUUCUGAUCUUAACACAGGAGUCAGGUUGCCCCGCUUAUUCAUGCCCCGCUUUUCGUGUUAUUACACAGCACACCCCGUGUUUUCCCAUUAAUAAGCAUGACUCAAAUUCCUGAGACAUUGACCAGAAAUAAAAUCCAUACGUAGUAAAGAACCAUUAGUAUUUGAUUACCCUAUCCUCAUCUUUCCACCAUUGGUUGGGUGAGAACAAAAUUGGGUUCCCAAGCAGUCAGCAUUUCACAUUCUCCACAGGAUCAAUAGGAGGUGGCUAGUCCUUUGAUGAAUGAACAGAAUGGAUAGCUAUGACACACAGCCAAUAUUGCACUGAGAUAAUGAUCUUACUAUGUGCAAAUCAGCCUAAAAAACGACCAACUGAAAUUCAUGUACAUGCCAAUUGUCCUUUCAAUAAAAAAUAACAUUAAUGGUAUCACAAUGCCCGCAUGUUAACCAAAAUUAUUUUAGCGUGUGAUUGUUUUUUGAAAGUACAAUGUUACCUGCACUUGUAAAGCUACACAAUAAAUUGUUACAUGGUGUGGAA